AUGGAUGAAUUAAUGUCAGGUACAAGACGAGACAAUAAAAAACAUCAUAGUAGUCAUUCAAAUUCAAGAGAAUCUCAAACACUUGAUUUAUUAGAAAGAUUUCGCGUAAAAGUUCACACUGCUAAAGAUGAACAAAUUAGUGAACCUUUAAAUGAAACACAACCCGAACAAAUAGCUGAUAAAGUUGAAACACCAUUUUUAAAACAUACUUUUGCAUCUCAAGAAUUAUUAGAUAAUGUUCAAGAUAUUUACACAAAUGCUGAAUUAUUAACUGUUUAUGAUCCAAGAAAUUCCAUGACUAAACGACGACAAUAUGAAAGUAAAAAUAUAACAAGAAAAAAAAAGGAAUUAUUUUUCUUUAUUGUAUUCAGACAAAUUAUGCAACAUUCAUGUUCACAUACAUGCCAACAUGUUGAUGAAGUCAAUGUUGGUCAAUGGAAUCUACAUACAAAAUUUGAUAAAUAUAAUUUACAAUGCUAUAAUGAAAAACAUGAUGAUUCAGGUAAAGAUGUAUUUCGAGCAUGGGAAGAACGACUUGAUCGAUCAAAAGUAGUUGAAAGUGAUGAUGAACAAGAAUUCCUUUUGAGUCUACCAUUUAAUGCUGCUCUAAAAAUAACUGGCUUAUGUGUUAUUGGUGAAAAUGGUCCAUCACAUCCAAAUACAGUUAAAUUUAAUUUACCUGAAUUACGUUUUGAUAAUACACGUGGAAAAGCUCAGCAAGAAAUUCCACUUACAUAUGAUCCAUCGGGUACAUUAGCUUAUCAAGUUAAUCCAUCACAUUUUUCACGUAUAACUCAUUUAUCUUUAUAUUUUCCUUCGAAUUUCGGUGAUGAAACAACUCGUAUUUACUAUAUUGGUCUUCGUGGUGAAUAUCUUGGAGUAAGUGAAUGUUAUAUUUCAAUAUGA